AUGAAGCGUGAUCCCGAUCAAUACAUGCCGAUCGCGACCCUGACGCGCAUCAUGCGUCGCGUCCUCCCUGACCAUGCAAAGGUCGCGGACGACGCCAAGGAGACGAUCCAAGAAUGCGUCUCGGAGUUCAUCUCCUUCAUCACCAACGAAGCCAACGAGCGAUGCCACCGCGAGUACCGCCGCACGGUCACCCCAAACGACGUCGUUGCAGCCAUGGAGGGACUCGGCCUCAGCAACUACGUCGAGCCCCUCACUGUCUUCAUAAACAAACACCGCGCCCAACAAGACUGCUGCCCCCCGCCACGCCCGGCCACGCACCAGCCGCAGCCGCCGCCUCCUCAAAUGGCUCGCUUGCCCGCGGGGGAUGGCUAUGUGCCCUCGCCGCCUGCUGUUGACGUUGCCAACUAUUUGGAGAUAUCGCAGAUGAGGGAUUACUUUGUGGGGCUGUAUCGCGGCGGCGGUGGCGGCGGUGGAGGAGGAGACCAGUUUGAUCCUUUUAAAUGA